AUGUCCACAUCGCCGCUGUUGCCGCUGCUUCGCGAGCUGGUCUCCCGCCUUGCCGCGGCCUGCCCGCAGUCGUCGGCCACUACCGAUGCGGUUGUUGACAUGCUCUCGGGACACCCGCUGUUUGAUUUGUCGCGGAAGGACGUGGCCAAGUUGCGCAAGGCAGCGGGCGAUGCCGCUCUUCGCGGCCGGGCUCCUGAGCUAUCGCACAACACUGCGCUCGUCAUCCUCCCACCUGUCGAGCUGUGGGAGCCCAUCAACGCCAUCCGCGCUGAGCUCGAGCCGCAUCAUCUGACCAUCUGGCCGCCGCACAUCACCCUCGCCUACCCCUUCCUCCCAGUCCAUGCAUGGCCCGACAACCUCGCCCCGCUUGCCGCCGCAACUGCCUCCAUUGACCCGUUCGAUGUCACUUUACUCACCUUUGGCACAUUUAGUCGCGGCAAGAAUGGUAUGCUCACCUACCUCGAGCCCGACCCAGAGUCGGCCUCCGGCAUCACCGCCGUCCGUGCUGCGCUUUGUGAUCAGCUCUUCCCGUACCUCCCGGCAACGUUUACACCACACCUCACUGUCGGCCGAGGCCAGUCCGAUCCUCAGGCUCCGCGCCUUGCUGCUCACUGGACGCCGAUCACCUUUCCGGUUAGCCAUCUUGCGCUCCUUGCCCGCCCGCACCGCGACGCGCCGCUUGAGAUCAUUGCCGAGAUUCCACUCCGUGGACAGGGCGAGCUCUUGGCCACGGAUAUUGCUACCAUGGUCGCGUCGCUUGCUGCGCCACACACACCGCCUGCGCCUCGCAAGCUAUCUCAUCACGUGCCGGAUGCCGUCGCUACCGCCAACGCCAAGCUCGUCGCCGCCGCUGCUUCCAAUCCUGAGCUCGCUCCCGAGGCUGUCGAGCUGGCAACCGACGAGCUCGAAGCCCUCAACGCCAUUUAUGCCGACGACUCUGAAGUCGAACUGACGACCGACGCCACCUCCGUCUCGCUCACCCAUCGCUCUGCCGGCGUUCGCCUGAUCAUCAACAAGGACGCCCUCUAUCCGUUUACCGUUCCCACCAUCUCGGUCGAGACCCGCUCGACCGAGACUGCGCCCUGGCAUGCGGCUCCUGGGCUGAGCAAGCAGCUGUACGUGACUGCACUCGAGGCUGCCGGCUCGCCACUCUGCUACGAGUUGUUUCUUGCGGCGCUCGAGUGUGUGGCAGAGCAGCCGACAGCGGCACCUGCGCAAACCGGGACAACCCUCCCUCUCGCCCAGAAUGCCGGAGACAGCGCGGGCACUGACAGCAGCGUCAGUAGCGCUGUAGCCUACAUCCGCGGCCUCGUGCCCGCCGCACUCUCGGUCGCCCAGGCCAACGCCCUCAUCGCGCGCAUCGAUCCGAGUGCCGAGCUGGAGGACAUGCCUAUUACCCUUCCGGACACAUUGUCCGAGCCUAUCACCGCCGCGCCGGUGUGGAUCUCUGCCGAAAAGGCGGCGUUGACUGCCGCCUUUGGCGUCAAUGUCACCGUCGAGCCAUGCGAGUUCACCGAUGCUGUCCGCGGCUUUGACACCGUCAUCGCCAUCCAUAUUCGAGCUCGCCAUCCGGCCCAGCUCGGAAACUUUGUCCCACGCUCGCUCCGUGACACGCUCUCCACCAUCCGCCAUCCACCGGACCAUGUUUUUGCUGACGUCCGCAUCCUCGCAUCUGCCGUUGCCGUUGGCCACUUUGAGGUUGACGUUGUCAACAGCCUCGGCCUCACCGCCGGCGACAUUCUUGCGCUCGACGGCGCUCUCUCGCUCGCUGCUGCUCGUCCGUCAGACUCCUUGCCGGCGAUUGUGGCUGUUGCUGCUGGCGAUCCGCACCUUUGCUAUGCGCCGCUAGGCUGCCUGCCGAUCGCGACGGCUUCCUGCAUUGCCCAACAGUACGUGGCUGACGUUGCAACUGCUACAACCGCAGACAGCGGCGACGUCCCAAUGGUUCCGGCUGACCUCAAGCUUGUCGGCCUCCGCCCGGCCACAACUUCGAUGACCUAUGCUGCGCUCUCGAUUGCGGCCGCUGAGGACGCUGCCCUUGGUGCCGCCCGCACCGCCGCCGCCGCCGACGGCUACCAAAUCACCCAUGCCGACCGAAUCACCUCGCCUGCGCUUGUUGCGCGCUUCGCCGCCGCCGUGUCAUCCAUGCCCACAUCCGGCAAGUCGGUCCUUGCCCCGUUUGUUGGCUUCCACGGGACGUGGUCUGCUGACGCCGCCACCUCUAUUGUCGAGUCGGGCAUCCUUGCUCCGCUUGAAGUGACCGAGCGCGGCGAGCUCCUGCACAUGGCGACAGGGGCAAUCUAUGGCAACGGCGUCUAUGUUGCGCCUGGUCUGAGCAAGGCCGCUAUGUACACCCGCGCCGACGCCGACGGUGCCUUCUCGGUCUUUGCCGCCCUUGUUGUCCCCGGCGUUGCACGGCGCGUUGUUUUCGACAGGCAGGCCGGAUCGCGCACGCAUGCCUCACGCGAGUUUGUCGCCGGCUUUUUCGACUACUUUACCUUUGACCCGAACUUUCACUCCAACGUGGCGCCGUCAGGAGAAGAGGUUGUCAUCUUUGACUCUGCUCGGGUCCUGCCGCUCCUCCAGAUCACCCUGGUUCCGGCGACUGUGGGUAGUGCCACUGCGCUUGCCGCCGAUCCGUACGCGCACCGUCAGCUCGCCCCGGCAUCGUCUAUUCUUCCGGGCUCACAAUGGGCGCCGUUCACUGCUCGUUCACGCAAGUCGCGGCGCGCACUGGCAGCUGGUGCCGGAAAGGACCGCCGCAGAGCGUUCGUCCCGCAGAACGCUGUGCCUGAUGCUGCUCCGCCGCUCCUCGCCUUCCACCGCGUCCCAGGCACCGCUGACAAGUGGCUUCUCGACGUCUCGCCGCGGCUUCCGCUGCAAUGGGGCCUGCCGGUGACCAAGGUGCAUAUGGUCUUUAUCAUCGAGGCCUCGGCGCGACUUGAUGAAGCCUACACCAAGUUUGUGCUUCCAACGGCCUGUGAGCUUGUCCGCCGCGUCUCACCCGACGCCGCGUCUGCGGUAAUCUUCGGCCGCGAUGCGACCGUCUACACCCCGGCCGCCGUCACUUCACACGCGUUCUUUGACACGCCUCGCAUCCGCAACCGCACCCUUGACGAGAAUGUCAGCUUUGGGGCAGGGUAUGAGGCUGCCAUCACCCACGCACUCGACGCCGACGAGCGCCAUCGGGACCAGAUCCGCGCGGUUGCCCAUGCCCGCGCGCUGGCCACACUGCGCCGGUUCGGCAAGCCAACCACCGAUGCUGCGAUCCGACGCCAAAUCAAGUCCGAACUACAUGCGCCAGAUCUUGCUGCAACGGUCCACUACAUGCUUGUCUCACUCUCGCGCGGUGUGGACUCGAUCAGAACGCCGAGUGAGCUUGCAGCGCUCUGGAAGCGCUCGGCCAGGUAUGUUUCCGGCGCCGGGCUUAUGGCCUCGCUUACGCCCAUCAAUCUCGGCAAGACUAGCAGCGUGGACCAUGUUCUUGCCGCCAGAGCUGCAACGGCAGCGUCGUCGACUACGUACGUUUCGUAUGACACUGCACCGGUCUUUUACGCCCAUCGCCUCCGCGCGCUUCCUGAAGUUGCCAAGCGCGUCGCUAUCAAGCUCAAGGCUGCCGUCCGCAAGGUCUCGGUCCGGCUGAGCCUGCCAACGGAGGCCAGUUCGAUUGCUCAGGGCUUUGUCACCUCGUUCACGUCGCGAGUGAGCCACGCAGUGUCGCUGGCGAUCGCUCCCGGCAGCGGGACGAACGGAGUGCUCUACCACGGUGCGACACCGCCUCGGACAAUCAGCAUCGGCGAGUUUGAGCAUCCGAUUCCGGUCGUAGCCCAUGUGCCACGGCCGAUGGAGAACGACUCGACGCCGGGCUCGCUGCUGGUUGCCGAGUCGACUGCCGGAUCACUCGAGGCGCUGCGGGCUCAGGGCACGCUCCUCGCUGUACUCCGCGGACUCAUCGAUGACAUCAAGGUUGCGGCGGUGACCGGCAAGGAUGUGCGGCUGGCGUUUGAGACGCUCAGCACCCUGAUCGACGGCGUGAAGACAGCGGGUCCGAGUCACGGCGCUCUCGCUGCCAUGUCAGCAUGCGAACGGAUGGAGACCGUUCGCGCCAAGGCCCGCCUCGUCAACGAGCUCGAGGCCAUGUGCAACGGCGUUCGCGAUGCCCUGGUGGUGGCUGCCGAAGCCAAGAUGAGCCCGGUCGCCCAGUCCAAGUGGCUGGCUCAGUCGGAGAACCUCAAGUACGGCGCUGCCGCUGGGAGGCGAUCGGUAGCAGUGGUCGACGCUUCCGAUGUCGGCCGCGACCUCGUUCGCCGCCUGGACGCGGCACUAGAUGAUGUUGACCUCUCGCCACCGGCGCACCGAGAGAUCGAGCUCGCCCAAGCUGCAGUCGACGCUAUCGGCGACUCUCCCGAGACUGCGCUUGCCGGCUUUGUUCUCCCGGACCUGCUGUAUGGCUUUGGUAGUCUCGGCCUGGGCAUUGUGGUGCGGCGGAGCAACGCUAGCGUCGCCGAUCCGUGGCAGAUUCAUGUCGAGACGGUGACGAGCGCGUGGGUCGAGACCAGCCGAGUCAUGUGCGGCCUUCGCACAGGUUCGCCGCUGUGUAUCGAUUGGUACCCGGGUGGCGCAGAAGGGCGUCGCAACUCACUGAGCUCGUCUGAUGACGACAGCGACGUCGACGAUGCUGGAGAGAGCCGCAGCAAGACCAGCCGGCCGGUGGUUCGAGUCAGGCCGGUGGCGGCUGUCGAGGACGUGCUGGUGGUGAUGCGGCCGGGCCAUGCCGCGGCACCGGUGCUGGAAGCAUACGCCAAGUCUGCGCUCCACACUGCGUACCUCGGCGUGGUCUUUUGCCGCAAUCCGGUGCUGGCGCUGCCGGCGCAGCGGACGGCGCUACUGACGGUGGCACUCGUCCAGGCCGUCAACCAGCUGCUUGAUCCGGCGUGCUGCGAGCCUGGCUUUGUGGCUGUGGUGUGGACGCUGCUGACCUCGUUGCGGGCGCGGAUGGGGAUUAACGGCGCAUCGCCCGAGCAGUUCUGGAACGGAGUGAUCUACAAGCUCAUGGAGCCACAUCCGGAGCGGCGACUGACCGAGGCUCCCGAGGACGAUGUGUCAUCGGUGGCCAAGGUGCUAGGCCCGCUGAUGGUGUGCCACGAGGCUGUGGAUGAGGUUGGUCUCUUUGAACUCGCUGCAGCGCCGCAGCUGUCUGCUGUGGCGCUGGCCCUGCUGGCUGAGUCGAUCUCGCGGUCGUCGCGCGUCUACCUCAAGUGCCGUCUUGCAAGACGCGGCGUGGCCAACCACGCGGCUGCAAUGCGCGACGAGGCCCAAGCGGUCCUGGCCCGGGCGCUCGGCAUUAGCCCUGAGUCAGUGCCGGCGAUCUCGCCGAGCGAUGAGGUCAUCGACCCGCCGGCGUCGGCCUUGACCUUUGGCAGCGAAGCCGACAUCGACCGCGCGCUGCGGGCGUCGAGCAAGCUCUUCCGCAAGCCGGGGUGGACCAAUGUACCGCCGACGGCCGUGCUGGCCUGCCUGCAGAUGGCACGGGUCGUCCAGGGCUUUGGCCGCGAGCUUGCGCAGCCGACCGCUGACCCGCCACCGGCCUUUGUGACAGCCGUAUGCAGCACGUUUCGUGGGCUUUCGAUGGGCGCGUUCCUCACCCAAUUUGUGGAGCCCGGUGCUGGGCGCGAGCUCGACCGGCGGGCGCUGCAGGCUGCGCUCUAUGUCCAGGGCAUCGAGUUCCACUCAUCCAAGCUCCGCCGCGGUGGCGAGAUUGGCGAGCUGCUUGAACCGCAUGCAUUGGUGGCCAGCGCGGCGGCGCGGGCGCGCAAGACCAUGUAUGCUGCGGCGCGGAGUGUCAAGCUUGCCCGACUGGCCCGAACCCGCAAGCUCAACGCGCGCGAGCUCCGGAGGCAGGAGAAGCUCGCUGCGCUCGCUGAGUUUUACACAGCCCAUGCCGGUGUACCGAAGCUCUUCAGCGAGGCCGAGGUGGCCGCCAUGAACCGUGCAGCACCCAGUGCCGUUGAUGCCGUCGUCCGCGAGCCAUCGGGCCUUCUCCGCCACCGAUGCUGCUUCGAGGCCUGCCCACGCUUUUUAGAGUACCUGGGAACCCAGGCAGAUCGGCUGCACGGCACCCGCAAGGGCCUCUUCACCCAUCUUGCCCCGAUCACCCAGCGUUCUUGCAAGGUUCCGUACUUCCCAGGCUGGCAUUUGAUGGCCAUCAUGCUCUGGCGCAAGACCCGAUCGGCCCACAAUGGCCGCCAGACCUUUAUCACCCGUCUUGUCAACCACUACCGCGACCGCACAAGCUCGUCAGCUGUCGUCGCCUCGCUUGCGGAAGCAACCUGGCUCUCGAUCGAGGCCAUGGUCGCCGCUGAUUGA